AUGGCAAGCUCAACAGCCUCUCUUAUACGGUACAGCCACGCCCGUCAGCCACCGACCACCAACAUCGUGAAAUACUACAUCCCCAAGUAUCUGCUCCCAUGCUUUGCGCCCAUUAAGCUCCCGACAAUCCUGUCUCUCGCCUAUCGGGCGGCCAGUGUCGAAGGACAAUAUCCUAGGGUCAUCCUAAUCAGGGGCCGGACCAAACAGCUCCGGAACACCUGGCACAUGACGAUCAGCUACAAGAGCGCGGCCCACCUGGCCAAGGGCUCCCACAUGACGGCGCAUAUUUACGUGAAGAAUAAGCAUCACCCGGUGUUUCUGCGAACCAAUCUUUGCACUGAAAGGCCGGAUACGGCGAAACAGGCGUCGGGGCAGGUAGUUUGGGGAUCGGUGGAUAACUCGCAGCAUAUUACGCGGGAGAUUGCGUAUGGAUACCUUCCGCAACGGGUGCAGAGGAUGUCGGAUACGUGUGGUUGGGCUUAUGCAUCUCGUGAGAAGAGGCAGCCGUGGGAAGGGCGAGGAGGGCUGAUUCGUUUCGUCUUGGCCCGUGCAAAAGAGGGCGUCAAAGAAUGA